AUGGUUCUACUAUUUCCUCAAUUGAAAAAAGCCGCUGUGCCUUUAGCUCAUGUCUCGAGAUUAUCGGCAAGACACCCUAUUCAUGUGAUAUUAAUCACGUUGUUGAUCUCCGCCGCUGCCUAUUUGUCAGUUAUUCAAUAUUAUUUCGAAGUAUGGUCAUUAAAUUCAAAAGGAUUAAUAGCAAACACAUUUCUAAAUUCUGAUGAAAUUUUUAAAGAAUGUACUCACUACUACAAAAAUCAACUAGAAGAUUCUUGGAUUUUAUUAUCCAGUUAUGAAGCAAAAAAUUUGAAUAAUGUACACUCCCAUUAUUAUUUGUUCAAUUUAACCUUUGAUGGCGGCAAUUCAACUUCUUUGUUCCCGUUAAUUGGCAAUACUGUUUUCGAAAAUAACAAUAGCAAAUAUAUUUUACAACAAAAUACAGAAAUAAAAUCCGAAUAUUUAUCCAAUGAUAACACACAAUGGAGAUUGGUCAAUGAUAGAAAAUAUACUUUUAAAGUUCAAAAUAUAUUGGUCUCAGUUUAUGAAAAUAUCUUAGAAAUGAUCUAUAAUUUUGAAACAUUUGAUUUAUGGAUAAUCGUCACCUCUUAUUUGAUGGUCUUUUACACAUUAUUAAACUUAUACCAAGAAAUGAACAAAAUUGGCUCAAAGAUCUGGUUAAGCUUAUCAGCAAUUGUCAGUUCUAGCUGUGCAAUCAUUUUAGCGCUGUAUACAAUUCCUUAUAUUGUCGAUAAACCAAUUGCUGCUUCAAAUUUCUUUGAGGGUUUACCAUUUAUUCUAGUAGCUAUUGGCUUCAAACAUAAGAUUAAAUUAACAGAAUAUAUUUUAGUAAUGUUUGACAAACUAGGAAUAUCAGACAAAGAAACUACUGAUAAAAUCAUAUUUGAUGCAAUGAUGGAAGAAGGAGGUCACUUAGUACAAGAUUAUUUAUUCUGUAUUGUGGGCUUCAUGGCAUGCGGAAUCUAUGCCAGACAUUUGGAAGUGUUGACAAACUUUUGUAUGCUAACAGCAUUGAUCUUAGUUUAUGGAUUGGUUUUGACUACCACUUUCUACUCUGCAAUCCUUUCCUUAAAAUUAGAGAUCAACACCAUCCAUAAGUCUACUAUUAUAAAACAAAAUUUAGAAGAAGAAGGUGUUUCAGCGACAACCGCAAGUAUUAUUUGUGCUUCCGAAAGUAAUCAGAAUACUUUUUUCCUUAACUCUGAUUUUGCAAUCAAAUUAGCAAAAUUUUCUAUUGUAGGUUUAAUCAUCUCAUUAAAUGUCUAUAAUUUUGGUGACAGAUGGAAGAAUGGCAAUUUACAAAAGCCUUUUUCCAAUGAUAAGAAAAAACCAAUUCUUCCAGAUUUCCUUGUUUCAAGUGGAGUUUUUGAUGAAAAUAAUUAUGUACUUAUUUCUAUUGCCCCAACGCAAUAUUACCAACCUAUGAAACCAUAUCAUCAAGUAGAAGAUGUUAUAUUUAAAUUUCUCAAACAUUUAAGUUUUGCAAUCAGAGAUAGAUUUGUGAGCAAAAUGAUACUAAUCGCAUUUGUCAUAAGUAUGUCAAUUAAUGUAUAUUUAUUGAAUGCUGCAAGAAUUCAUUCUGAUUAUACCGCAGUUCAGUUAAAAAAGAGAAAGGCAAGACAAAAAAUCGAAUCAUCACCAAAGAGUGGUCCAUCUAUAUCUAGUCGCCUAAUAGAGCAAAGAACUGCAAGCUAUUCUCCCCUUUCAAGCGCAGAAACAGUUGCUACUGACUCCCCACUAUCUACCGAGGAAGAUUAUAGUACAGAUGAUGUCGAUAGUGACACAAAUAUACUGUCAUCAAGACCUUUAGAAGAGUUAGAAACAAUAUUGAAAGAAGGUAAUGUUCAAAGUUUGAAAAAUAGAGAAGUUGUGACACUGGUGGUCAACAAUAAAUUACCUUUAUAUUCAUUGGAAAAGCAACUAAAAGAUAAUACUCGCGCAGUUCUUGUACGUCGUAAGGCUCUCUCCGUUUUAGCUGACGCACCAGUAUUGGCUACAAAUCGACUACCUUACAAAUUUUAUGAUUAUGAUAGAGUUUUUGGAGCAUGUUGUGAGAAUGUUAUUGGUUACAUGCCUUUACCAGUUGGUAUAAUCGGUCCGCUUAUAAUUGAUGGUGUCUCUUAUCACAUACCAAUGGCCACAACCGAAGGAUGUUUAGUUGCAUCAGCAAUGCGCGGUUGUAAAGCAAUAAAUGCAGGAGGUGGUGUAUCUACAGUUAUAACUAAAGAUGGUAUGACAAGAGGGCCUUGUGUACGUUUCCCAACUUUACAAAGAGCUGGCUCUUGUAAGAUUUGGUUAGACUCAGAGGAAGGUCAAAACAAAAUCAAGAAAGCGUUCAAUUCUACAUCUAGAUUUGCAAGAUUACAACAUAUUCAAACUGCCUUGGCUGGUGAUUUGUUAUUUAUUCGUUUCAGAACAACUACUGGUGACGCGAUGGGUAUGAACAUGAUAUCAAAAGGUGUUGAAUUUUCUUUACAUCAAAUGACCAAUGAAUAUGGAUGGGGCGAUAUGGAAAUUGUUUCAGUUUCUGGUAACUACUGUACAGAUAAAAAGCCAGCGGCAAUUAACUGGAUUGAAGGUCGUGGUAAAAGUGUUGUUGCAGAGGCUACAAUUCCUGGUGAUGUUGUAAAUAAAGUUCUAAAAAGUGAUGUGAAUGCUCUUGUUGAAUUAAAUAUCGCAAAGAACUUAAUUGGAUCUGCCAUGGCUGGUUCUGUUGGUGGAUUUAAUGCGCAUGCGGCAAAUCUGGUAACAGCUGUCUAUUUAGCAUUAGGACAAGAUCCCGCUCAAAAUGUUGAAAGUUCUAACUGUAUAACAUUGAUGAAAGCAAUAAAUGGUGAUCUUAGAAUUUCAGUAUCGAUGCCUUCCAUCGAAGUGGGUACAAUUGGUGGAGGUACAGUGUUAGGACCACAAUCUGCAAUGUUAGAUUUAUUAGGUGUUCGUGGACCACACUCUACCGAGCCAGGAACAAAUGCAAGACAGCUUGCCAAGAUAGUUGCUAGUACUGUGUUAGCUGGUGAGUUAUCAUUAUGUGCUGCCCUUGCUGCUGGUCAUUUAGUUCAGAGUCAUAUGGUUCAUAAUCGCGCCAAUAAAUCAGAUAAUUCGCAGAAUGGUACAAAUAAUUCUAAUGGCAUCACAUCAUGCAUUAAAUCGUGA